GAAGUUUUGGCUCGAGCGGCUCACUUUUAGCCCCAGCCCAACCCGAGCCAGUGUUUGCAGCAACAGGCUAGGAGAACGCACUCGCUGCAGACAUGAGUUCCCAGGGGCCGCCUUCCAGCGUGAGCCCGAUGUUGGUUGGGCAGGUGUUGGGGACCGUCAGGCCUCCCGUCGACCUCGAUGACGAUGACGGUUUGUCGGACGCCUCGUCGGUCUCCCUGGAGGCUCCGACUUUGCAGUUCAGCUCGGGCCUCACUCUGGACUUCACUGAUGUGACGCCUGAAGAUGGCGAAAGGGGUGCUCCUGGGACCUCAACGAACGGCACUGCCACCAGCGUGGCGUCGGAACCGCAGGAGUCCAAGGAGGAGUCGCAGCCGCCGCCGCAGGAGUCGCAGCCGCAGGAAUCCAGGGAGUCCAAGGACCAGCCGCAGGAGUCGCAGCCGCAGGAGUCGCAGCCGCGGGACAGGUCUAGGUCGAGGUCUCGGCCGUUGGUGUCCCCGCAUAUCUUCGAUUCGAAGGAGAAUGCGACCAUGUACCGAUCCAUUGCUUUCGAGCAGGACGCCUACCCAACGUUGCCGAACCUGGUCGCUGCAGACACCAUGGAUUGCAUCUUCAAGUCAUGGCCAGAAUGGCGCGAAGCCCUCAUGCUGGUGGGCGUCCCAGACGUCAGUGACACGUCCAGCCCAAUGAAGUGCGUGGAAACGUUGUUCGACACCGUGGCGACGGCGCAGUGGGUGGAUACUGUGACGGCUCAGAUGUACAAGGCAUUCCCUUACUACCGGGAGGCCAAUUGGACCCUGCCGUCGAUCCUUCUGUGGGAGGUCGUUUGUAACUUUCAUAUCAGGCAAACCCAUCCAAGCAUGUUGUUCGACUUCGUCGAGGGCAUGAGUGGCAAAGGCAACGUUUACAAAGAAGUCGGCAAGGCGGGGUACAAGAGCGUGGGCUUGGACAAGAACUACGCCCCCUUCCUCAAGCUGGGCACUGCGAUGGGGACCAGGAGCUACGUCUCGGCUGUGCGCCGGCUUCGCAAGUACGGUUUCGCGUGGAUGGGCAUUGAAUGCAAGACGUGGAUUUGGGUAGGCAGGAGCAACUUCCGCCGCUCAGUGGAGGAUCCGGAGGGCGACGUCUCCAACCCAGAUGUAUGCGAGGCUAACGUUGUGCGCGACUUGUCGGGUUUCCUCAUGCUCUUCGCCACGAUGAUUGCUGCAUUCUGGGGAGUCGAGCAGCCCAGGUCAAGCCUGUGCAACGUGAGCUCACCGAUCAAGCUGAUCCUGAAAAAGCUUCAAGCGACCACUACCAGUUUCGACCAUGGCGCCUACGAUGAUGAUGACGCCCCACAGAAGCCAUUGAAGCUGAUGUCUACUGCGCCCUGGGCGUAUCUCGCGAAGAAGACCGUCGCAACUACUGACAACAGGGAGCGCUUGUUCACAACCGAGAACAGCGGGGGCGUGACCGGCAAGAAGCAAGAGCUAAAGGAAUCGGAACACUACAGCGUUCAGUUUGGCCAGGAGAUCGCGAAGCUUUUCUCGGAGUUUUUGCAGCAGGAUUGCCGCGGAUUGCCCUGAGUCGCCUGGGCUCUGAGCCUCCGAUUAGCUCUUAGCUCUCGGCUCUCGGGGUCUGGUUGCCUGAGUGUCAGAGACAGCGGCAGCCCGCGGCCGCGCGCUGCGUCACGCACUGCUUUUUACUUUUUACCUGAGUAAUCGAGGGGCGAGGGCCUGGAUCAAGGAGCCCCUCGAUGAGAGACGCACCAGGGCCGCCAGGGUGCAAUUUCAAUGCCCCGUCCCCGUUCUCAACGUUACCCGUCCAUCGUUCUUCGGGAUGAAGAUUGCC